GCUUUCCUCUUGGCUUGGGUGGGAAGCAGCAGCAGCGGCAGCCUCUCGGGCUGCAUCUAAAACUCGGGCGCCUGGGGGGCUGCGGGAGGAUCCGGAGUCUGCAGCCGGCGAGAGGUGCAAAGCACAAGAAGACAUUUCCAGCUCCUGUAUCUUGCCCUGAAGACCCUGAAGGCUCUGCUUGGAUUGGGCCAUUCGCCUUGCGACACCAACAGAACAGCAUUAUCCUCCUGCCAGAUGAUUUCCCAUCUCUGCUGUGGACUUAAGCUUCCAUUUGGUGGCUAGUUUUACCAGAAUACCUGCUCCGAGGAAUUGGGGGUGGGCAGGCACCCCCACCCACCCCAACUGGAGCCUGCCAACAAGCCCCCUUCUCCCUGCAAGUCUGUCUGCUCCCCUCCUUUACCCCUGCUUUUGCCUUUGGGGAGAGGCAAGAGGGUAUCAAUCGGGUGGCCAGAUUGGGCCCACGGGCCUUGCCUUGCCGACCUCCGACGCGAGACAGGAAUUUCCCUUGUGGGUUGACACAAUAUGGCUACGGGAAGAGGGGAAACGGCUGCCCUCCACCUGCAGUUCCAGGGUGCUCCAGAACCAGGAAUGCAGCCAGCGAUGAAAAUGGAGGCGCAAGACCCAUCUGGUCACGAACUAGGGGGAGGGGCAGCUUCCCGCUUCCUUCCGGUUGGCUCCAUGCGGGAGUUUUUGGCCGGGGAAGCUCCUCAGCAGGUGAAGCAGGAGCCGGACGAGGGUCUGCAGCAGCACUGGGAGGCCCAGAGGCAGGAGUUCCCCAAGGCAGUGCUCUAUCCCCAGCCAGGGUGGCAGAACCCACCACUGCACAAGCCCUUGCAGUGGGACACCAAUUCAUUCCAGACCUCCUAUGAGGCAGCUGCCAACCCGAGCCAGUGGCCCCCCGGAGGGUGGGUAGCCCAGAGCCUGCCGGGCCUCAGCCGGGAAGCCCAGCCAGUCUACGGCGGCUCAGGGCACCGAGAGCGAAGGAGCUAUGGGAGUGUGAAGGAGGAAACCCCUGGUGAUGACACGGUCAGCAUGGAGGUGCGGCGCCAGCGCUUCCGAUGCCAUCGCUACCAGGAGGCCGAGGGGCCCCGGGAAGUCUGCCGGCAGCUGCAGAAGCUCUGCCACCAGUGGCUGAGGCCCGAGAGGCACAGCAAGGAGCAGAUCCUGGAGGCCGUGGUCGUGGAGCAGUUCCUGACAGUCCUGCCCCAGGAAAUCCAGAACUGGGUCCGGGAGCACAGCCCAGAAACCUGCGCCCAAGCAGUCGCCUUGUCGGAAGACUUCUUGAUGAGGCAGCGAGAAGCCCAGAGAAAAGAGCAGCAGGCUCUGUGGACGUUUGAUGAGGUGGUGGUGAACACCCCCAUGCCGCAGCAAUACCCCUCUGUGGCGCAACAGGUACACUACCCUACAGUGGCGCUGCCAAUGCAGUACCCGCCCCUGGCCCAGCCGGUGGCGUUUCCUGCCAUCGGACCACAGGCUCCGAAUCCUGUUGUGCCAGAGAGAGCACCGCCCAAUGCCGGGAGAACGCUGAUCUGCCGGGAACCUGUCCCUGAGGGAGGCAGGAGUCUCAGGCCGUAUGGCCCCAUUCAAGAGUUCCGGAGGCCCCUCACAAACGCAGAGCGCAUGCGGAACCGGCGGAUGCGGAACCGGAAGCAGCGCCUUGAGACCAGCAUGCAGCUGGUGGAGUCGGCUUCGAGGGCCCCUUCCAUGCUUUUGGACGCCAUGCGCGGCUUGCACCGCCAGGACCUGAAGGCCUUUGACAGGGCCAGGCAAGAGGAGAGGCAGCACAGGAAGCAGGAGAGGCGCCAGGACAGGGCCACGGCCCAGCUGAUGGUCAACGCCAUUGAGCGCUCCCACAACGACCUGGGCGAGUUCCUGGGGAGGCAAACGGCCACCAUGGCAGCCAUCGCGGCAGUCUUCGCCGGCCAGAGGUCUCCGUCGCAAGGAGCGUCCCUUGGGUACAGCUCGUACCAGGGGAACAGCAACCCACCUUGGGGCCCGCCGGAAGCUGGGACCCCUCUACCGCCCGGUCACGUGCCCGGCAUGCCUUCAGAGCCCGUGGCAGGCCCAGCCAUUCCAUGCCCGGUGCCUCCUCUGGCCACCCCAGGCGGCAUUUGCAACCCCAUCCCAGAACCCCCUCCUACAGACGGACCACGAGAGGAUGCCGCUCCAGACUCACCCAUGCCAUCCACUUCUGACACCGCAUCGCGUACGCUAGACACGCGGCCGAGCAGAGGGACGAAAAGGAAGAUGUGGGAAUGACAAGGGGCACCCUUCCCCUCUUGUAGUUUUCAUUUGGAUUUCGAUGGGAUUUUCUUAAUGGGCAGGGCUGCCAGAACCCUGCUCUUUUCCCAUCCACCUGCCACUUACCCUGGUUUUAACAGGACAGCCCGUCUAUCUAUGCAAAAAAAAAAAAAAAGGCAAAAAGCUGCAUGGUCAGGUUGCAUACUGGUAGCCAGUGAGAGCUGUAGGGUUCAGAGCCUGUGCUGUUCCAACAGAUAAAAGAGGUGAGUUUUGAUCCAGGAGACCUGGGUGAGUGGACCAGUGGACCCACUGAGGCAAGUCAAAUCUGCCUUUCUGUAAAAUGGGAAUAACCAGCCUACCUCGCAAAAGUGGUUGCGGAGGGGUGCUUUGCAAAUGCAAGAGCCCCAUAAACACAUGCAAUGUUGACUUGGUUGUACUUAGCAAAUCAAUCUCUAUUGCUUAGAGAUUUUUUAAAAUUGUAAGCGGUGGAGAAAUUCUAUUAAAUAUUAAAAUAAUAAUUUAAAGGAGGGCCAAGGGCAAGAGCUGUUCCAGUGAAGCAGUGUCUUGUGCCAAACCCUUCAAAGUGGCCCAGUCGAUACGGCAAUUUCUUAACAGCGUUUUAUUUAUUAUAUGAUAUUUAUUAUAAAAUGUUUUUUAAUACCCCUAUAAUAGCUGUCCGUAGUGGCUAAUCAAGCCACAAAGUUACAACAGUAUUUAUUAUGAAAUGAUGUACCCAUAAUUCAAAAAGAGAGUAUUUUAAACCAGAAGCCAACAAAAGAUUUUAAAAAGAGAGCGGUGCAGCAGAGAAGAACAUUGUACAAUCUCUAUUGGGCUUGUCAUCGGUGCUAUCCCAUGAGGAAAGUCAGCAUUAUACCCAUUUUACAGAUGGGAAAAACUGAGGCUCAGCAUAAGUAGUGAGGUAUUUUUUGUUGUUCCAAGCCCUAAUACUUUAAUUGUCAUUGUGAAAAGCGACACACUGGGUGGAGCCGCUACACCAGCUUCCCUGCAAGGUGGGUUGCUGCUGCUUACUGGGAGAAGGUGGAGAGAAAGAAGGCAAAGAAGUUGAUGUGCUGCAAAUGUACCAGUGGAGCCCAUUGGGGGCUUCUGCUGGUGCUUUUGCACCACAUUGACCUCUCCACCUCACUUUUAACUGAUCCUCCUGCUUGAGCUGCAGCCAUUAGCUCAGGGCUGGGGGAACUUUUGGACCUCCCCCCAGAUGUGGCUAGAUUAGGGCUCCUCCAUUGUCUUCCGAGACGGACGGAUGCCAAUCAACAACAGCACCCAGGCCAGUUUCCCCUCCUUUUUUUUGCAAUUCUAGAUUCAAGCGCAGCUUGGUUUUUCCUAAGCCAGGCUGGCUUCCUCACCGAAAUGUACCGAAGAUGUCAAAACCAGCCUUUCCUUCACCAGAAGCAGCAACGUCUUUUUUGAGACAAUCUGUCUUUUAAGAACCCCGGAGGUUUCCCCCCUCCCUAAGACUGGCACUCGAGACUUGGCAUUUUGGAGCCCUCCUGGACCACGCCGUUCAGUUUUGAUGGAUUUUUUAAAAUAAGUACUGUUUUUAAAUGAACUCUGUUAACCUGUCCAGCUUGCAAAACGUGUAUUUAUUUGUAAAUGUAUUCUGAGCUUUUUAAGUGGGAAGGAAUAAAGGAAUGGUGCGGUGGAGAGUUGGGGCAAGCUUUGAGGGUGGGAUCGCCGGGGUUGGGUUUGGCAAAAGAUUAAGAGCAGGAGUAGGAAACCUGAAGGCCUCUGGAUGUUGCUGGGCUCCAGCCCCCAUCAUCUUUGAGCAUAGGCUGUGCUGCCUGGGGCUGAUGGGAACUGGAGUCCAGCAACACCUGGAGGGCAGUGGGAUCCCCAUCUCCAAAGCUGUUUUCCAUUUACGCUAAAAGCCACAAAUCUUUUCAGCUUCAAAAUGCAGAGAGGGGGAAAUCAGACAGUGAAAACAGUCCACAGGCAUGAGUUCUCUCCAUGUCAGAACACCCAUGUGCUGUUGGGUGAAAACAAAAAUUAUACAUCAAGUCUGGACCUCCUGAUGAUGUUGGACCAGAUCAUUCCCAGCCAUGCUGAACCCAGAAGGAGUCUAUCAUUUGGAGCAGAGGGGUUGCAGCUGGUCUUUGCUCCCCUUAAAGACUUCAAGAGCUGUGCCACUUCAGACCGCUCGUGUAACAAUAUGCUCCUCCAUGCACGCACCCGUGCGCGCACACAUACACACACAUCCCUGCAUGUAGAAAAGUAGCUGGUGAGAAGGAAAGGCCUCCAGCCUAAAUCCCCGCCCCCCAAUAAAGAUGCUAGUUUUUCAUGUUUACCAUCCUCCUUCAACCUGAUGCCCUCCUGAUGAUGCCCAGAUCUCCAGGCUAGGGAAGAUUUAUUUAUAACAAUAUUUGUAUACUGUAGUUCCGUUAAAAAUCCAACCUACAAUAAUUAUCUUUAUGCAAUAAACAACCCCCCCCCCCCCAAGAAAUUUAAAAAGUAUUGAUUGCCAGCUAACUAUUACUGAAAAUGUAUGGUGGAGAUAGAGGAAAUUGUGGCCUGAAGCUGCCACGGGCCCAAUUCCCACUGAUGGGUUGGGGCUGGCUGGGGCUGAUGACAUCUGGAGAAGGUCCACAGGUUCCCUGAUCCUGCUGAAGAUGUGUAGCCCAGACACAGGCUUUCCCUCCUCAGCAAGAACCCAGCCUUUCCCCUCAAAAAGAGCAGCUGGUGAGGCCCAGCGGGGUAGGCCAUGCCUUGUUGUGUGCAAAUCUGCCAACUGCUAAUGCCUAGAGCAUUUCCCAUAAUCCCCUGCAGUGGUUCCCUGCCAGGCACUCAGGGUCUCCUUAGCUGUCUUCUCAGUGUGGAAGCCAGUUUGAGGACCAGUGUCCUGAGUGGGCAAUUUGUUUUGCUCGUUCAGAGCAGGAGUGGGGAAUCUUUGGCCCUCUUCCUGUUCCCCGGCUCCAGUUCCCAUAAGCCCCAGCCAGCAUGGCCAAUGGGCAGAGAUCAUAGUCCAAUAAGGUCUGGAGUACCACAGGUCCCCCACCCCCGAUUCAGGAGAAAGCAAUUUCCAAAGGGGCUCUGUAUCUAUAUUAGGAUUUAUCCAAAGCAACAGAGUUACUUCUGGGCUAUUUGACUUCUCCCCCCCCCCAUCCACUCCCCCCUUUGAAAAACAAAAGCGUCAUUAACGCAGCAUUGUCAGCCUCCAAAGAUGCCCAGGGUCAUUUUAGCAGGCUUUCCAAAUGGGGGUUCUCAGAUGAAUUCCACCUCCCCUCCACGUCACAAGUUUUGAAACUAUUCAAUAAAGUUUGUAAUUUUU